AUGGAAGGCCCCAGUCAUGUGUAUCUCUUCGGAGACCAGACUGCGGAUUUCGAUUCGGGCCUUCGUCGUCUGCUGCAUGCUAAGAAUGACUCGCUGCUGGCGGCAUUCUUCCAAAAGUCUUACUAUGCGUUGCGUAAGGAGAUUACAUCGCUUCCACCAUCCGAGCGUCAGCAGUUCCCGCGAUUUACCAGUAUCGUUGAUCUUCUCGCGAGGUUUAAAGAGUCAGGCCCGAACCCAGCACUGGAGAGCGCACUGACGACAAUUUACCAACUGGGAUGUUUCAUCCACUAUUACGGCGAUUUGGGUCAUGCCUAUCCAUCGGGUGAUGAAAGCUGCAUUAUCGGUCUUUGCACAGGCCAGCUCGCAUCUGCGGCUGUGAGCUCUUCGAAAACAAUUGGGGAGCUCAUUUCGGCUGGCACUGAGACCGUGGUUCUUGCUUUAAGGCUCGGAAUUUGCGUCUUGAGAGUACAGGAGCUUAUCGAACCAAGCAAAUCAGCAACGCCAAGCUGGUCUGUACUAAUCUCUGGCAUCCACGAGCCCGAGGCCCAGGAUUUGAUCCAACAAUACGCAAAGAAGAAUGCUUUGCCCCGGGUUUCCCAACCUUAUAUCAGCGCAGUCAGCCCGAAUGGACUCACCAUUAGUGGCCCUCCAACCUUUUUGAGCCGUUUUAUUGAGGAUAGUCUUUCGAAGGAGCACAAGCCCACACGAGUUCCAAUCCACGGCCCUUAUCAUGCUUCGCAUCUGUAUGAUGACAGGGAUAUCAACCGCAUUCUGGAAUCUUGGCCUACUGAGCAGUUCGUGACCUACGUGCCUCAGAUCCCUGUUCUGUCCAGUGAGACGGGCGAGGAAUUUCAAGCUGAAAGCCUUGAGCAGCUGUUGAAAUUUUCUCUUCAGGAGAUUCUGCAAAGACAGCUCUGCUGGGACAAGGUCCUCGAAUCUUGCCAGUCAACCUUGGAAUCCGCCACAACAUGCACUCUGUUCCCAAUUUCCAGUACUGCGGCUCAGAGUCUAUUCAACUCAUUGAAAAAGGCUAGAGUCUCCAAUCUGGAAGUUGACAACACAAUUGGUGAUGUUCAGAAGGAUUCCGAGGGAGAUAAUCGUACCGGCCGUGCUGAGCAGUCCAAGAUUGCAAUCAUCGGGCUUUCAGGAAGAUUCCCAGAGUCACCCGACACCGAGGCAUUCUGGGACCUUUUGAAAAAGGGACUGGACGUCCACCGCGAGGUGCCCCCAGAGCGAUGGGAUGUCAAGGCUCACGUCGAUAUGGAAGGAAAGACAAGAAACACCAGCCAAGUUCAAUAUGGAUGCUGGUAUAACGAUGCCGGAAUGUUUGACCCUCGAUUCUUCAAUAUGUCUCCUCGUGAAGCACUUCAAGCAGACCCCGCUCAACGUCUAGCACUUCUUACUGCUUACGAGGCGUUGGAAAUGGCAGGCUUCAUCCCUGACAGCACUCCCUCUACGCAGAAGAACCGCGUCGGUGUGUUCUAUGGAAUGACCAGUGAUGACUACCGUGAGAUCAAUAGUGGUCAGGACAUUGAUACCUACUUCAUCCCCGGUGGUAACCGUGCUUUUACUCCUGGUCGCAUCAACUAUUAUUUUAAGUUCAGUGGCCCUAGUGUCAGCGUGGAUACAGCUUGCUCCUCAAGUCUUGCGGCAAUUCAUGUCGCCUGUAACUCUUUGUGGAGGAAUGAAUGCGACUCUGCCGUGACCGGCGGAGUCAACAUUCUAACAAAUCCUGACAACCAUGCGGGUCUCGACCGUGGCCACUUCCUCUCAAGGACCGGAAACUGUACCACAUUUGACGAUGGUGCUGAUGGUUAUUGCAGAGCAGACGGCAUUGGGUCGAUUGUCAUUAAGAGACUCGAGGAUGCUCAGGCAGACAAUGAUCCUAUCUACGGUAUCAUUGGAGGGGCUUAUACCAACCACUCAGCAGAGGCUGUUUCAAUUACUCGGCCUCAUGUAGGAGCACAGUCCUUCAUCUUCGACAAGCUGCUUAACGAGUCGAACAGCGAUCCAAAAGAGAUUAGCUAUAUCGAAAUGCACGGAACUGGCACCCAAGCAGGUGAUGCAGUGGAGAUGCAGUCAGUUCUCGAUGUCUUCGCUCCUGACUACCGUCGUGGUCCAACUCAAUCCCUGCACCUCGGUUCAGCGAAGUCGAACGUUGGCCAUGGAGAGUCCGCCUCUGGUGUCACAGCUUUGAUUAAAGUCUUGAUGAUGAUGCGGAAGAACAUGAUCCCGCCUCACUGUGGCAUUAAGACCAAGAUCAAUCACAACUUCCCGACAGAUUUCUCUCAGCGCAACGUUCACAUUGCCCUUGAACCUACCCCCUGGAACAGACCAAAUGGUGGUAAGCGAAAGACUUUCGUUAACAAUUUCUCGGCCGCCGGCGGUAAUACAGCUCUGAUGGUCGAGGACGGCCCCCUGAAUGAAGAGAAUGUGGUAGACUCUCGGUCUGCCCAUCCUGUGCUUGUUUCUGCUCGAUCUCAGUCUUCGCUGAAGAACAAUAUCUCCGCUCUCGUGCAGUACAUCGAUACGAACAAGAACUCUUUCAAUUCCAACGAUGCUAGUCUCCUUGCCAAUCUGUCUUACACAACUACAGCGAGGCGUAUUCAUCAUCCUUUCAGAGUGGCUGUUACUGGAUCAACUCUGGAUGAAGUCAGGAGUGGAUUGGCUCCUAUCGUCAACCGAGACAGUAUCAGCCCGGCUCCUGUCAAUGCACCUGGGAUCGGCUUUAUCUUUACCGGACAGGGUGCUCAGUACACAGGCAUGGGACGCGAGCUGUUUGAGAGUUGUUCGCAAUUCCGCACCCACAUUGAGCACUUGAACUGUAUUGGUCAGAGCCAGGGCUUCCCAUCUAUUUUGUCCCUAGUCGAUGGCAGCGUGCCAAUUGAAGAGCAUAGCCCGGUCGUUAGCCAGCUCGGAACCACCUGUGUGCAGAUGGCAUUGACUAAGUACUGGAUGUCUUUAGGCAUUUCCCCUGCCUUUGUCAUUGGUCAUAGCCUUGGCGAGUUCGCUGCCCUGAAUGCUUCUGGUGUCUUGACAACUAGUGACACGAUCUACCUCGCUGGGCGACGAGCCCAACUUCUCACUGAGAAAAUCAAGGUUGGAACCCACGCUAUGCUUGCUGUCAAGUCUUCAGUAGCACAGGUCAAGCAAUUCCUUGAUGAAGCCACCGAGGUGGCUUGCAUCAAUGCGCCCAGCGAAACUGUUAUCAGUGGCGCAUGCGAGAAAAUUGAUAUGCUUACACAAACCCUUACCAACGAAGGUUUCAAGGCUACCAAGCUGAAUGUACCAUUUGCUUUCCAUUCGGCUCAGGUUGAACCUAUCCUUGGGAGCCUUGCUGAAAUCGGAAAGGGUGUGAACUUCAAUACGCCCUCUAUUCCAUUCGUCUCCGCCCUUCUCGGAGAUGUCAUCAAUGAGAAUAAUAGCGAGUUGCUUGGUCCCAACUACCUCACCCGCCACUGCAGGGAGACUGUCAAUUUCCUGGGUGCUCUAGAAGCUACCCGGCACUCCAACUUGAUUAACGAUAAGACAAUCUGGGUUGAGAUUGGCUCUCACCCCGUCUGCUCUGGAAUGGUCAAGGCAACUUUUGGACCUCAGGCAACUACUGUGCCAUCUCUCCGUCGCCAGGAAGACACGUGGAAGGUUCUCUCAACCAGCACUUCGGCUCUUUAUAUGGCUGGAAUUGAGCUUCGAUGGAAGGAGUAUCACCAAGAUUUCACCGCCGGCCACAAAGUUCUCCCACUUCCUUCCUACAAGUGGGAUCUCAAGAACUACUGGAUUCCUUACACCAAUAACUUCUGUUUGCUCAAGGGUGCACCUGCGGCACCAGUGAGUGAGGCUGCACCAGUCGCCGUGUUCUUAUCGUCAGCAGCUCAGAAAGUUUUGGAGACGAGUGGUGACAAUGCGGCGGCAUCUAUCGUCAUCGAGAAUGACAUUGCUGAUCCCGAGCUCAAUCGUGUCAUUGCAGGUCACAAGGUGAACGGUGCCUGUCUUACUCCAUCGUCCUUGUACGCCGAUAUUGCACAAACACUCGGUGAAUAUCUAGUUCAGAAUUACAAGCCUGAGUGGAAAGAUCGAGGCUUUGAUAUUUGCAAUGUGAUGGUCCCCAAGCCGCUUAUUGCCAAGGGGGGUAAGCAACUAUUCCGUGUUUCAGCCACCGCAAACUGGGCCGAAGAAAAUGCCAAGGUGCAGGUGUGGUCUGUGACCCCAGAUGGGAAGAAGAUACUUGACCACGCCAGCUGCAACAUCAAGUUCUUUGAUCCCAGUCCUUAUGAGCUCGAGUGGAAGCGCAGCUCUUACCUGAUCAAGCGAAGCAUUGAGCAUCUCCAAGAGAGCACGAUAUCUGGCCAGGCCCACCGUAUGAAGCGAGGAAUGGUCUACAAGCUCUUUGCUUCUCUCGUGGACUAUGACGAGAACUACAAAUCCAUGCGCGAAGUCAUUCUCGACAGUGAACAACACGAGGCUACCGCUCUAGUCAAGUUCGAGGCCCCGCCAGGCAACUUCCAUCGCAAUCCAUUCUGGAUUGAUAGCAUUGGUCAUUUGUCUGGCUUUAUCAUGAAUGCUAGUGAUAACACCGAUUCGAAGAACCAAGUGUUCGUCAAUCAUGGAUGGGACUCAAUGCGAUGCUUGAAGAAGUUCGACUCCAGUGUCACUUAUCGCACCUACGUGAGGAUGCAACCCUGGAAGGACUCUAUCUGGGCUGGCGAUGUCUAUAUGUUUGAGGGGGAUGACAUCGUGGCUGUUUAUGGUGGUGUUAAGUUCCAAGCUCUGGCACGGAAGAUCCUCGACAUGGCUCUUCCUCCAGGUGGAGCCCCGGCACCCAAGCCAGCUGCCAAGAGUGUUCCUGCUCCCAUCAAUGUCCAGAAGGCUAAGCCUACCCCCACCAAAAAGGCUUCCCCUUCACCAAAAUCCGGACUGCCAAGUCUGGCUACACGCGCUCUUGCAAUCCUGUCUGAAGAAGUCGGACUUUCGGCAUCUGAGAUGACUGAUGAUCUCAACUUCGCUGAUUAUGGAGUGGAUUCCCUGCUCUCGCUGACUGUCACUGGGCGAUACCGCGAGGACAUGGGCCUCGAUCUUGACUCCACUAUCUUCGUGGAUAAUCCAACUGUCAAAGACUUCAAACAUCUCCUAUCUCAGAUGGACCCUGGUGAACACAGUGAUGGGUCAAGCAGCGAAGGUGACAUGUCCUCGGCCGCAUCGUCGACCGACUUGUCGUCUCCAAAUACCAGUGGUAUGCCAACGCCUGCAAAUGAGAAGUCGAUGACACACGGAUUGCAGGAGCAAAAUGACAGCAUGAGGCAGAUUGCCUCCAUCUUAGCCGAGGAGAUCGGUGUUGAACCCGAGGAGCUCAAUGGCGACGCAAACCUUGCUGAGAUGGGUUUGGACUCCUUGAUGUCACUCACAGUUCUCGGUAAGAUCCGCGAAGAUCUCGAUCUCGAUCUCCCUGGAGAGUUCUUUAUUGAGAACCAAACACUCGAUGAUAUCGAGACUACGCUGGACCUAAAGCCCAAGCCCGCUCCGGCGGAGCCAAUCAGACUCCCCGAACAAAUCCCUGUUCAAGCCCCGGUAGUCGCUCCUAGCACUGCUCCCCAGCACCCACCAGCCACUUCGAUCCUUCUGCAAGGAAACCCAAAGACAGCAACCCAGAGGUUGUUCUUGUUCCCUGAUGGCUCUGGCUCUGCUACCUCCUAUGCUACCAUCCCUGGAAUUUCUCCCGACGUGUGUGUCUAUGGGCUGAAUUGCCCAUACAUGCGCACCCCUGAGAACCUCAAGUUCAGCCUGGAUGAGCUCACAGCUCCUUACGUUGCUGAGAUUCGGCGUCGCCAACCCACUGGCCCUUACAACUUCGGUGGCUGGUCCGCCGGUGGUAUCUGUGCCUACGACGCCGCUCGCCAAUUGAUUUUCGAGGAAGGCGAGCGAGUUGAGCGCCUGCUUCUCUUGGACUCACCCUUCCCCAUUGGACUAGAGAAGCUGCCCCCCCGUCUGUACAGUUUCUUCGAUACGAUCGGACUGUUUGGAGAAGGCAAGACGCCUCCACCCAAGUGGCUCCUCCCCCACUUCCUGGCCUUCAUCGACUCCUUAGACGCUUACAAGGCGGUUCCAUUCCCCUAUGCAGACCCAAAGCUAGCCGACAAACUCCCCAAGACAUUCAUGGUCUGGGCCAAGGAUGGUGUCUGCUCUAAGCCAGGUGAUGCCCGGCCUGCACCAGCUGCAGAUGGUAGCGCCGAUCCUCGUGAGAUGCUUUGGUUGCUAAACAACCGCUCUGACCUCGGUCCGAAUGGUUGGGAUACCCUUGUCGGACCGAAGCAUGUUGGCGGCAUUACCGUUAUCGAGGGUGCCAAUCAUUUCACUAUGACUCGUGGCGAGAAGGCCAAGGAGCUGGCUACAUUCAUUGCUAACUCUCUGGCUUCGGUGUAA